AUGUAUUCUACAUUGAAAUACACAGCACUGCUGUUGGCAUACGGUACAACUGGCUUUGCCGACUACCUUGGCCCAACAUACCCACCACCAGUCGACCUCGCUAGCCAACAGAGUCUGGUUAAAGCUGCAUGGAAAAAUCUUACUACUACCCUUGACUCUUAUCUCAAACACAAUUCUAAUGGCACAACAUCUACCGCCAUUUCUGGUAUACAAAACACCACAUUCUCUACGAACCUCUUUUCAAUUCACGAUCCGAGCGCCGCAAAGCUGCAAUACCACUGGACCAGCCCCGAAAUAGCUAGCUCCAAGAAUGGCACAAAUAAGGUCAAUGGUGACAGCAUUUAUCGUAUGGCUAGUGCAACCAAGCUGUACACUGCCUACGCCGGUAUGAUCACUCUGACCGAGGAGGAAUGGAACCGCCCACUGAGUCAGAUAAACCCUCUGUUCGCCGAAGCCGCUGCCAGGGGUACUGAAGAUCCAAUCUGGCACGUUGAAUGGGACAAGGUCACGCCCUGGGCACUGGCAUCCCAAAUCUCCGGUAUCCCACGCCAGGGAUGGCCAGCUCUGGAUACACUAUACAACUUCACAAUCUACGAUUACCUAGGUCUCCCGACAGAAGACCCGGUUACGGCUUGGGGUCUACCACCAACCAAUAUCUCGACAUUGGGACCCUGUUGGGACCCUAGGGAGCCAUGCGACGGUCCAAAGCUAAUCAGAUCAGUCCGCAACCAACCACCAGCCUUUCUACCCUGGCAAACCCCAAUGUAUGCCAACGACAAUUUCAUGAUGCUUGGACUCAUGAUGUCCAACAUAACGGGACGGAGUAUAGGAGAUAUCUACAAGAAAGCCAUCUUCGAUCCGCUAAACCUUACAUCCUCGUUCUCAUCUCCACCAACCUCCCGUGCUGAUCUCGCUCGCUCCGUUAUUGCCGGGGUACCAGAAUCUGGCUUCCUAGUCGAUGCCCCCGCCACCACUGCUUCGGGCGGUCUAUUCACCUCAAGCAACGAUUUCGCGAAAUUCGGUAUCGCUGUCUUGAAUAGUACCCUUCUUCCUUCGAAUACCACCCGCAAAUGGAUGAAGCCUCAUUCACACUCCGCUAGUUUGACUUACUCGCUCGGUGCACCGUGGGAAAUUCUUCGUUAUUUGGACCCGGCUACCGGAAAGGUAACGGAUCUCUAUACCAAACUUGGCGACUCGGGUUCCUACGGUGCAAACAUCGUGUUGAUACCAGAUUACAAUGCUGGUUUCAGUAUCCUGGCUGCAUCCACCGGUGCCGAGCGCGAUGUAGCUACGAAUAUUAUCCUGGAUUCUAUCACGAACACGAUCCUUCCUGCGCUAGAAGCUCAGGCUGCGCUAGAGGCAACGAAGAACUAUGUUGGGACGUACGAGUCUACGGACUCUGCUUUGAAUUCGUCCAUCACUGUUGCAUUCAAUCAGUCUUCUGUCAUUACAUCCAAGUCAGGCUUGAGUAUCACACGCUGGAUCUCGAAUGGCACGGAUGUUUUGGCUUCGGAUCGGUUCUUGGGUGGUCGGCCGAGGCUUUUGCUUAGUAUUCCUAAGCAGACUGGAGACGGGCAGGAAGGUCAGGUUGCUUUUCAGGUUACGCCCCAGCCGCAACUUUGGAGCUAUUUCACUUCUGGUGCGGAGAGACUUGAUGCUGUUGGGCCGUUUACUGGACAGUAUAAUACGAAUUAUGAUUGGUUAGUGGCGGAUGCAGCGCAUUAUGCUGGGCUUGGAAUGGAUCUGCUUGUUUUUGGUGUGGAUCAGAGUGGUAAUGCUACUUCUUUGAGACCUGCUGCGCAGAGGGUUACGUUGCACAAGAAGUAG